UUUUUUGUUGUCUUUGUGUAAAGGAGUGGAGCUAGAUCUCACAUCACUCUUCCCUCUUCCCCGAAUCCUUUCUAAACUCUCCCCCGGGUUUCUACCCUCCCAAACCUCUCCCCUUCUACCCUUAAAACCCCACCCUUCCCCCGAACAUAUCUUACAAUAAGGAAUAGUUCUCAGAUCCAUCCUAGUGACCAAAGACCCCAACAACAGCGUUGACCAGCCAGAAGAUCUCCAUCCAUCCUGUGGUAAUCAUGGACUCCGGUGUCAUCGAAGGAGGACUCAAUGUCACCCUGACCAUCAGGUUGCUCAUGCAUGGAAAGGAAGUUGGAAGCAUUAUUGGCAAGAAAGGCGAAUCUGUGAAGAAAAUGAGGGAGGAGAGUGGUGCUCGCAUCAAUAUCUCGGAGGGAAACUGCCCAGAGAGGAUCAUCACCCUGGCUGGUCCCACUACUGCCAUCUUCAAAGCAUUCUCCAUGAUCAUUGAAAAGCUGGAGGAGGACAUCAGUAGCUCCAUGACCAACAGCACGGCCACCAGCAAGCCCCCGGUCACCCUUCGCAUCGUGGUGCCGGCCAGCCAGUGUGGCUCCCUCAUUGGAAAGGGAGGAUGCAAGAUCAAAGAGAUCCGCGAGUCGACAGGUGCUCAGGUACAGGUUGCAGGAGACAUGCUUCCUAACUCCACAGAGAGAGCCAUCACCAUUGCCGGCACUCCCCAGUCCAUCAUUGAGUGUGUAAAGCAGAUCUGUGUGGUCAUGCUGGAGCAGUCUCCCCCUAAAGGGGUCACCAUCCCGUACCGGCCCAAGCCCUCAGGAUCCCCAGUCAUCUUCGCUGGAGGACAGGCGUAUGCUGUUCAAGGACAGCACGCGAUUCCACAGCCCGAUUCUUCCUCUGCCUCUAUCUCCCCACAGCUCACCAAGCUUCACCAGCUGGCAAUGCAGCAGAGUCCUUUCCCCAUCGCCCCUAACAACCAGGGCUUCACCGGUAUGGAUGCCUCUGCGCAAACCAGUUCCCAUGAGAUGACCAUUCCAAAUGAUCUGAUUGGGUGCAUCAUCGGUCGCCAGGGCUCCAAGAUCAACGAGAUUCGGCAGAUGUCCGGCGCCCAGAUCAAGAUCGCCAACCCAGUGGACGGCUCUGCUGACCGGCAGGUCACCAUCACCGGCUCUCCGGCCAGCAUCAGCCUGGCAGAGUACCUCAUCAACGCCAGUGUAGAGUCCUCUAAACUUCCCUCCUCCUCCUCGACCCCUGACCUGACCCUCAGCACCUCUACUACUACUACUACUACCACCUCUCCUGCCGCUACCUCUACUGCUACCUCCUCCUCCUCCUCCUCCUCCUCCUGUGUGAUGCCCCCCUCAGCCUCCAUCUCUCUGUCCUUGUCGGCUCCAGGGCCCCCCUCCUCCUCCUCCUCUUCCUCCUCUGACUCCCCACUCCCCAGCUCUCCCGCCUGUGUCUCCAGUCUGCUCAGCCUCAAGCCCCUCCCCCUCCUGGCCCUCCAUGUAGUCAGUGGCUCUGCCCCCAGUAACUCCGCCCACUCGGUCAGCCCGGACGCUCCGAAGCUCUCCUCAGAGCUGGGCUCCAAGUCGAAGAGGCGAAAGCUGUCCCCUUACUAAUGGAUCGCAGUGGCACACAGUGCAGAUUGCUGAAUGCUAACUCCUCUGUAAUCGCCCGGCUUUUUGUAUGUGGCUUUACCACACGCUAACGCUAACAGCCAGAUAUAACUGGUUCUCCAUAGUUAUUGGGGUUACACUUCAUGUUUUUGUCUAAUUUACUAUAAGGACACUUGAGUCCGAUCUUUCUAUGGAACUUUUUGUGUCAUUUUAAUCUGCAUGGACACUUUUGGACUUGUUACUAAAGCUUGUUGUUUUCUCUUGUUCUGAGCUCAGGUAGCCCCCCCCUCACCCCUUAUUUAACAUGUCACCUGUUCAGUUCCUUUAGCGUAGAUCUAGUUUCCAUACAUAGAUAUGUAGUACUAACAGUAUAGGCUGCCUUCAUUGUGAAAUGUUCGUUCAUGUGGAAUUGUACUCACGGUCAUAUGCUAGCCACCACAUGAUGUUCUUGUUAGAUGUAAUAAGCAUUUCAGUCAUGAUAGCUGUUUAAAGUCCCCUCCCAGCCCUUCCCAGACCGGUUCUACCCUCAGGUAUAUAUAUCAAACACACCUUUUUCAUGUUGGUUUGUCAGAAGCAUCUGAAGAUCCAGUUUAAUUUGAAAACCAAUUGUGUACCAGAACUUGGUUCUCCAGGACCACACUUUGUUACAGAAUCCAUGCUGUUGUUUUUCAAAUCAAAUAAGCAAAUAAAUCCUUUUUAGUUCAAACUGGCCCAGAAACCCGCAAACAGUUUUUAGUGAUCGCUGACCAGACCCAAACAGCCUUGACCACUGGUUAGGAGACUACUUCAUGGUCUGAAUAGGAUGAUGGGUGUUCUGUGGGGCAGAGGGAAUGCUGUACAGAAAGUGAAUGUUGUGGUGUCAGCGUGGCUCCUGAUCUCCCCCUGGUCUCUCGAUGU